ACUCGAAGUGCUCACCGGCAUUAUGCCAACAACAAACCGAAAUAAGCAGGGGAGGGACACCGCAGUACAGGGGACCAACGACAGCAGCGUGGUGAGCAAGGUGUCUGCUGCAGCGCAGGGCUACUUCCAAGAUGUCUUCCUCCAACACUUUGUGUGCAAAGCGGCCAGAAGAGCCCCGCUCAUCAACAGGGGCUACUAUGUGCGCUGGAGAGCCGUGGACUACUGUGUGAGGAGGUUCCUUCGCGUCACUGACUACUGCCCAAAGAGACAGAUUCUGUCUUUGGGUGCAGGGUUCGACUCUGCGUAUUUUCGCCUCCACGCAGAUGAAGCGCUGGACAGGGCCGUUGUGUUCGAGGUAGAUUUUCCUGAUGUCACUCGCCGCAAGGCCGCCCUGAUCAACUCUAAUAACACGCUGAGGGGGAUGUUGGACCCCCAUUUACCUCCUUGUACAGGGCCUGAACAUGUGUCCAGUAGUCAGUACCAUCUGCUCGGGGUGGAUGUUAGAGACGAGUCCCAGGUGGAAGAGGCUCUGAGUGCAGCGGGGCUGGACUGGGCCGCCCCCACCCUCAUUCUUUCUGAAGUGGUGCUUACCUACAUGGAAUCAAAAUGGUCGGAUGCUGUCAUUAGUUGGACGGCAAAGCUCCUCCCACAGUCCCUCUUCGUUAUGUACGAGCAGAUCCGUCCGCUUGAUCCCUUCGGUCGGAUCAUGCAAGAUCAUUUCUUGAAACUUAAUUCAACUCUACACGCCCUACUACAUUACCCGGACACUGCUGCACAGAGGCAGCGGUUCCUGGACAAGGGCUGGGAGCAGUGUGUGUGUCUGGAUAUGAAUGGCUUCUACUUAGGGCUCGUCCCUGAGGAGGAGAGGGGCAGAGUGGAGAGCCUGGAGCCUUUCGAUGAAUAUGAGGAGUGGCACCAGAAAUGUUCCCACUACUUCAUCCUUAGUGCAUCUCGAGGCGCUUUGAUGACACAGGCUUUACUCUCGCAAGCUCCAGUAUCUUCGUUGCCAUCCAUUUGCCCGUCUUGGAGCCCCACAGCCCUGAGUGUGCAGACCAUACCAGUUAGUAUGGAGGGUCUGGGGAUGGCUUCCACGCCGGUGAGCCCGGGGCAGGUGCUGCUGACAGGAGGCUCUAGCAGAGGAGGCAGGGGGCCAGUGGCUAGGACCCUCCUCUGGGGCCAGAAAGGCUGGAGAUCUGCUAGUGUAGAACCUUCAGUUGAUUUGGGUGUUCGACUCUACCACACCGCUACCUCUCUUCCCGGAGGAGGUAUGGUGGUAUACGGGGGUCGCUCAUCUCCACUCAACCCAAUCAGAGGUCUUUUCAGAGUAACCCUGGACACCCGCGGCCCCCCUGUUCCACACGACUCAGAGGACCGAGACACUGUGAAACUUUGUGUAGCGCAGAUGGUCUGUACGGGGCAACCACCAGCGCCAAGAUGGAGGCACACUGCUACUACUGUCAGUCACAAAGGAAGAGACUUUCUGAUUGUGUUUGGUGGGAAGAAUGAAUCCGAGGCAGCUCUGGGUGACGCCUACUUCCUGUGUCCAGACCAGCAGCACUGGACUCAGAUGCCGGUAGAGGGCUCAGCACCGGAGGCCCGCCAUACACACUCAGCAUGUUCAUAUCAGGGAGGUAUGGUGGUGUUUGGAGGACUGGACCGAAGAGGAUUACCACUGGGGGACACAGCACUGUUAAGACCAACGGACAGAGGCUUCUCUUGGGAAAGAAUAGAGGUGCAGCCCCCUCCUGUUCCCAGGUACUCUCAUUCUGCCCAUGUGAUUGGUGAAAAGCUGCUUGUGGUUGGUGGAGUUUGGCUGCAUUCAGAUGGUGUACCAGGUGUCGUCGUGAUCAACCUCACCACGCGCAGCAGUGUGGAGUUCAGCCUGGACACGACGUCGGUGCCUUGGCCUCUGCUGCUCCACUCAUUCUGCUCUGAGCUGACAGACUCAGAAGAACCAGAGCUGCUCCUGAUAGGAGGGGGAGGAAACUGUUUCUCUUUUGGGACUCACUUCAACCCUCAGCCUGUCACUGUGGACCUCAGACCUGCGCUGGGAUCAAGUAGAGUGUUUCUAUGAAAGGGUUAAGCCGCCCAAAUCAAAGACUUAAACUGUGGCAGUCCGAACUCCAACCAUCAGUCAUCUCAGAUGGCAUGAAAUGGAUAAACUUGAAAUUUGGCAAAGUUUGAGUAGAGCUUACUUCUCCGGACACAUGUUAUUGUUACUGAGCCCCGACAUAUUUUAUGUCUAAGUAAAGCAUGAUGUAUGCUUCUGC